CCGAUCGUCUUCACUGACCGGGAUCUCCCUCCUACCGGUGAAGAUCACAAUGAUCCAUUGGUCAUCACCAUGGACAUCAUUGGGGUGGACGUCGCCCGGGUACUUGUUGACACCGGCAGCAGUGUCAACACCCUCUACCUGGAGACCUUCCAGAAACUCAAGUUGUGUCGGACACAACUUGAACCCCUCAAAACCCCUCUCUCAGGCUUCACGGGAGAUACGGUAGAAGCUGAAGGGUCCAUAGUUCUACCGGUCGAACUAGGAUUGGGCGAAAAGACCGUGUGGAAGAAGAUGCGGUUCAUCGUUGUGGACAUCAAAUGCGUCCACAACGCCAUCCUUGGAAGGUCUGGCAUUAACAAGGUCGGGGCGGUGAUUUCCAUGCCUCACUUAUGCAUGAAGUUCCACACUCCUGGUGGUGUGGGUGAGGUGAAGGGUGACCAGAGGAAUGCUCGGGAAUGCUAUGCCCGGGCAGUCAAAAAGAUGACUAAGGGGGUCAAUGUCAUCUCCCAGGAAAUCACAAAGGGUGAAACCCGGGAGAAGUUGGAGCCUGAAGCAGAAAUGGUCGAGAUCGAGCUUCACCCGGGAGAUACUUCAAGGACGGUCAGAAUUGGGGCGAAUCUCCCAGAAGACCUCAAGGCGGAGAUUACACGGGUGCUCCAAGAAUACGCGGGCAUAUUUGCAUGGAGCGUGGCAGAUAUGCCCGGAAUAGAUCGCUCUGUUAUCUACCACCGGUUGGCCGUGAGAGAGGGAAGUCGACCGGUACGUCAGAAGAAGCGGUACCUAGCCAGUGACCGGCGAGACUUCGUCAAGAAGGAAGUGAGGGACCUCCUCAGUGUUGCGAUCAAAGGACAAGCCCUUGCAGACUUCCUGGUAGAAAUGACCGGUCUAACCCCAGACCUACCGGUCGACAAACCCACCGAGCAAUGGUGGGAGAUGGCAGUAGAUGGGGCAUCCGGUCCUAAAGGGUACGGGGGUGGUAUAGUGUUUACCACCCCAGAAGGGUUCAAGAUCUACCAUGCAAUUGUCUUCAACUUCAAGCUGACGAAUAAUGAAGCAGAAUAUGAAGCUCUAGCUGGAGGGCUCAGACUUGCCCUAGCCCUGAAAAUCAGCCGGGUCAGUAUCAAAUCUGACUCUAGUCUGAUUGUUGGGCAAGUGACCGGUAAUAUGGAGGCUAGGAAAGGACGAAUGUCACAGUACAAAGACUUGGUACUUGCCUUGCUGAAAGGCUUCGAGGAAUUCAAGAUCACCCAGGUUCCCCGGGCAGAGAACGCAGAUGCUGACCUUCUUUCCAAAUUGAUGCAGUAUGCUCCCGAGCAUGUUUCAAAACUUGCUCGGGUGGAAAUCCUAGACCAUGCCAGCAUCGAGAAACUGGAAGUAGCUGCCAUAAUAGGGGAAGGCCAAUCUGACCGGUCAAAUUUGAUCGGGGCGGAUGACCAUUGGAUGUACGAUCUAAUGGAAUAUUUGAUGGACGGGACCUUGCCAGAACAAGAAGACCGGGCAAGAAAGUGAAGUUGAGGGCACCCCGGUUCCAAGUCCUUGAUGGAAAGCUAUACAAAAGGGCAUUCGGGGGGCCACUCCUGAGGUGCCUAACCAACCGGGAAGCUGAGCGAGUCAUUGCAGAAGUUCAUGAAGGUGUGUGCGCAGCACACCAAAUGUCCCGUACCCUUUCCCAGCGCAUCAUCUUGUUGGGGUAUUACUGGCCAACAAUUGUCCAGGA